AUGGUUGGGGGGGCCGGGAGGGUGACGGGCCGGCCCUCGCACAAGCCUGUCGUUUUGAAACAUGUCCCGUUUCUCCAUUGCGAUGAAGACGCCAUGAGAAAUUUUCGAAUUGCCUUUUCAAAUUUGAUAUUUCUUUCAUUUGAUAAUUCAGAUGGACUCUAGACACGCGGCGAAUGGGGUUUCUCCACUUGAACAAAGGAGCAUCAAAAAUACGGAAGAAUUAUCGAGAGAGUGGUUGAAGCUGGCAACGUUUUCUGAAAUUCUUGCUAGCGAUUCCUCUCACAAGGUUAAACAUUUUUUUCGAAUUUUUGUAACGUUCAAAUGUUUCAGUGUAUCUUUGUUUUACUGUCACAUCCUAGUGGAGAACGAGGAAUUUUGAUCGCAAAUAAGUCGGCUUUCGCAGAAAGUCAAGAGGCAAUAACGUUGUUUUUGAAACAAGCUCAUCUCAAGGAACUGACAAAAAACGAUAUUUUUGGAAAUUAUGAAAUAACCGUAGCUCCAGAGUUUAACGGUAGUCAGUUGAUAAUAUGUUUUAUCAUCUUCUUUUUGUUACAGUCAUAAAUUCACAGCUCAUCUAUCCUGUAAACGAUAGGUUGAUUGCCAAAUAUCGUCAAGAAGAAAAAUUUGUUAUAGCGGAAACUCCAGAAAGCUAUGUUUUUAUUACGUUGCCCUAUAUUGAGAAGAACCAAAUGAAUCUCACCGUAAGUCGUCUUGUUUUUUUUUUUCUGACUUUCAGCGAUGUAUUUGAGUGGGUUUACAAUUUGUUACAAAAAGAAGCCGAAGAGGAUCGGAUAAUCUUCGAAGAUGUGGACAAGCAUAACGGUUUCGUUCUCGCUUUAGAUAUCAAGUGGGACGGCAAAACUCUCGAAAACUUGUAUCUUCAGGCAAUAGUUCAUCGGAGAGGAAUUAAAUCUAUAAGGUGACUAUUCUGUAUAAAAUUUCGAAUGACUUUACAUAAAAAUCUUGAGGAGUUUAAAAGCUCUUUCAAACUUUUUUUUCUGGGUUUUUUUCAUUUUUAUGCACAUUGACGCGAUCAGAGUGAUAGUAUGAAAAAAAGCUAGCGAAAUUUCAAAAGGCGACUUUUCCGAUUUUUUUUGUAUCGCUUGGGAACUUUCCGACGGCCACCUUUCCGCCAAAUUUUUUUCGGACUUUUUCCAUAUUUUUUUCGGUUUAUGAAACAUCUAUUAACAUUUUUUUUUCCUAUUUCGUUGUGUUUUAAUCAUGAAUAACUUGCCUACUUUAUAUAGGAAGAUUGAAAACGAAGACUUUAUCGAGAAAAAAAGUCGAAAAAAAUUUGGCGAAAAGGUGGCCGUCGGAAAGUUCUCUAGCGAUAUGAAAAAAAUCGGGAAAGUCGCCGUUUGAAUUUUCGCUGUUCUUUUUUCAUACCACCAUCAGAAUAUGACUACUCUUCGCAUUAAAAAAUUCUAAAACCGUCUUUAAAGUUCUGAAAAGUAAACUUUCAGGGAUUUGACCGACAAGGACGUUGACUUGUUGGAGAACAUCAGGAGCAAAUCGUUGAAGGCUAUAAAAGAAAAGUACGGUGUCAGACCUGAUCAAAUGCGUAUGUACUUUCACUACCAGCCAUCUUUCUACCAUUUACACGUUCAUUUUGUGAGGUAAGGUUAUUUUUAUUCUGCCAAUUCAAAACCGUACUUAGUAUCAAAUAUGACGCACCAGCGAGCACGACCUUGUGCGCAGUGCUUCUGGACGACGUCAUUAACAAUUUGAAGCUGAAUGGACAACACUAUCAAAAGUCGACGCUCACAUUCAUGCGCAAAAACACGGACGAACUGUUGAGAUUGUAUCGUUCUGCGGGUGUUGUGCAAUCCGAUUAA